GUGAAAUUUUCUUUCAUUAUGUUCAUCUCUCAGGUCUUUGGUGGUCUGAUGUUGAGCCUGGUUGCAUCUACGUUAAUCGAUCCUACGUUCAUCAAUCCCCAGGCAUACGUGAUCUCUGUGGCAAUUUUCUGUUUCAUCAUGACAUUCCUCUGGUUGCUGGUCUUUGCCUGUGGGUGUCAUCAAAACAGAAGCUAUUGGGCAAGCGCGGAUGUAGCAUACCAUGGAUUUGCAGCGCUGCUCUAUCUCAGUGCUUCUGUGCUUCUAGCUUUUGUAACCAUUAUUUUCAGUCAAGGAUCUUUAAAAGACACACUUACUUACAAGCUGGAUGUAGCUGCUGUGGUGUUUUCCUUUUUCACCACUUUGCUGUAUGUCAUCCACACCGUUUUCUCAGCCAUCAGAUGGAAAUCCUUCUGAAACGUCUGCCCUCAACCCGCUUUACUCAUCUGACAUCACGUAUAAUUGUUGAACUAAUGUUUACACAAACAAAUGGUAUUUACUGUAUCAUUUAGUGCAUCAAUAAUAAUUAAUGUGAUAAUAGAUCGACUUUCCCGUCUUUUCAUGUUCUCCUAUAAAAAAUUUUUUUAAAAACCACCUUUUGCUAAUUUCUUUUUGUAAACUAUUCUUACCUCAGGUAUAAAUUAUUGUAUGAAAAAUAAACAAUCUGUGGAGCAUAA